AUGUCCAGUGCUGCCCGUCUCGCUUGCAGGUCCCCGCUGCUGUCCUCUGUUGCCAGACCAUCCAUUCCUCAAUCCAUCCGCGCGACCCGAGCUGCCCCAGCUUUGCUCGCAGCUGCCCGCUCCCCAGCCGUCCGGAGCUUCAACUUUAUCCCUCAAGCCCCCAAGCCGAGCAAGAGCGGCGACUGGCGCACCAUGGCCGAGGAGGACAUCACCCGCUACCUCAAGCAGUCGCACGACCGCGUCUUUGAGAACAACCGGGCCUGGGCCGAGGAGAAGAAGGCCAAGGACCCCGAGUUCUUCGCCAAGCUGGCGGCCGGCCAGACGCCCGAGUACCUGUGGAUCGGCUGCAGCGACUCGCGCAUCCCCGCCGAGCAGAUCACGGGCCUCGAGCCCGGCGAGGCCUUCAUCCACCGCAACAUCGCCAACCUCGUCUGCAACGUCGACCUCAACGUCAUGAGCGUCAUCAACUACGCCGUCCGCCACCUGCAGGUCAAGCACAUCGUCGUCUGCGGCCACUACGGCUGCGGCGGCGUCAAGGCCGCCAUGACCGCCAAGGACCUCGGCCUGCUCAACCCCUGGCUGCGCAACAUCCGCGACGUCUACCGCCUGCACGAGGACGAGCUCGACGCCAUCGCCGACGAGGCCGCCCGCUACGACAGGCUCGUGGAGCUCAACGUCAUGGAGCAGUGCCGGAACGUCAUUAAGACUGCGGCGGUACAGAAAUCCUUUGCGCAGAACCACUUCCCCAUCGUCCACGGCUGGGUCUUUGGCUUCCAGGACGGCCGCCUCAAGGAUCUCAACAUCGACUUCGAGUCCAUGCUCAAGAGCAUCCAGAAGAUCUACAACCUGACUGAAUAG